ACGAAUUAUUUUACUUGGUUAACAACAAUUGUAAUUUUUCCAAUAUUUGCUGGGUCCUUAAUUUUUUGUCUUCCUCAUAGAGGAAAUAAGGUCAUCCGGCAGUAUACUAUAUUUAUAUGCACACUUGAACUACUUUUAACGACUUAUACAUUCUGUUAUCAUUGCCAAAUGGAUACGCCACUAAUCCAAUUAGCAGAGGGUUAUAAAUGGAUCCAUUUUUUUGAUUUUGAUUGGAGAUUGGGAAUAGAUGGACUUUCUAUAGGACUUAUUUUACUAACGGGAUUUAUCACUACCUUAGCGACUUUAGCAGCUUGGCCGGUUACUCGGGAUUCUCGAUUAUUUCAUUUCCUGAUGUUAGCAAUGUACAGUGGUCAAAUAGGAUCAUUUUCUUGUCGGGACCUUUUACUCUUUUUCAUCAUGUGGGAGUUAGAAUUAAUUCCGGUUUAUAUACUUCUAUCUAUGUGGGGAGGAAAAAAACGUCUGUACUCAGCUACAAAAUUUAUUUUGUACACAGCGGGGGGUUCCAUUUUUCUCUUACUGGGAGUUUUGGGUAUUGCUUUAUAUGGUUCCGCUGAACCAACAUUAAAUUUUGAAACAUCAGCUAAUCAGUCUUAUCCUGUAGCCUUGGAAAUACUAUUUUAUAUUGGAUUUUUUAUUGCUUUUGCUGUCAAAUCACCGAUUAUACCCCUACACACAUGGUUACCGGAUACCCACGGAGAAGCGCAUUACAGUACUUGUAUGCUUUUGGCUGGAAUCUUAUUAAAAAUGGGAGCAUAUGGGUUGGUGCGUAUCAAUAUGGAAUUAUUAUCGCACGCCCAUUCUAUCUUUUCGCCAUAUUUAGUGAUAGUAGGUACAUUGCAAAUAAUCUAUGCAGCUUCAACAUCUCUUGGUCAACGGAAUUUAAAAAAAAGAAUAGCCUAUUCUUCAGUAUCUCAUAUGGGUUUCAUAAUUAUAGGGCUCGGAUCUAUAACCGAUACAGGACUCAACGGAGCUCUUUUACAAAUAAUAUCACAUGGAUUUAUUGGUGCUGCACUUUUUUUCUUGGCGGGUACCACUUAUGAUAGACUGCGUCUUGUUUAUCUUAACCAAAUGGGCGGAAUAGCUAUCCGAAUGCCAAAAAUAUUCACUAUGUUCAGUACCUUUUCCAUGGCUUCCCUCGCAUUACCGGGUAUGAGUGGUUUUGUUGCGGAAUUGCUAGUAUUUUUUGGAAUAAUUACCAGCCAAAAAUUUCUUUUAAUCCCCAAAAUACUAAUUACUUUUGUAAUGGCAAUUGGAAUGAUAUUAACUCCUAUUUAUUCAUUAUCUAUGUCACGACAAAUUUUCUAUGGAUACAAGUUCCUUAAUAUUCAAAAAGGUUCUUUUGUUGAUUCUGGACCGCGCGAGUUAUUUCUUUCGAUUUCGCUCUUUUUACCCAUACUAGGUAUUGGUAUGUACCCGGAUUUCAUUUUUUCACUAUCGGUUGAUAAGGUCGAAGUUAUUCUAUCUAAUUCUUUUUUAUAA